AUGGCAGCAUAUCCUAUCGGCAAUAACCCGAUGAACCAGUGGAUCUAUGAUCCCUCGACAGGCAUCAUCGACCUCACGCGCAAUGGACCCGCCGAGACAGCUCUGACAUUACAAACAACGACCUACCCGAUCCGCAUCGACCCCGCCAAGACCGCCAUGGUUAUCAUCGAUAUGCAAAACUUCUUCUUGCACCCGGCGUUGAGGGCCCCAUCUGGACCGGGCCUGGAUGCGGUUGAGGUCCUUCUCAACAAGAUCCCCGCCGCUCGGGAGAAAGGCAUCCGUAUCCUCUGGGUGAAUUGGGGUCUCACGGACGAAGAAGUGGCGACAAUGCCGCCGGCCAUGAUGAAGGCAUUUACUGUGCUGCCAAAACCACCUGCCGCCGGUGAUGGCCAGCCCAAGAAGAAAAAGAACCCAGCGCUAUACAAGGGACUAGGCGUGGAUCUCAGUGCCGUUGAGCUGCCGGAUGGAACGACCAUCGAGGCAGGUCGUACCCUGAUGCGGGGUACAUGGAAUGCGGCGCUUUAUGGCGCUCUGGAUGCAGAGUAUCGCAAGGGAUUGGAGAAGGCCUCGCGCCCGGACGUGUGGAUCCACAAGAACCGCAUGUCUGCGUUGUGGGGUCUCCGGACUGACCUACAGGAUAAUCUUGAGGCGGACGGAAUCACCACCCUAUUGUUCGCUGGGGUGAAUACGGACCAGUGUGUGGGGGGCACGCUGAUGGAUGCUUUUAGUAAGGGUUAUGAUUGCAUCCUUUUAAAAGACGGUGCAGCUACUACUUCGCCACAGUUUGCAACGAAUUCUUGGGAGUGGAACAGUGAAAACACGUUUGGUUUUGUUGCGUCCUGCGAUGCACUUUAG